UUGGAUUGUCCUCAGUAUGACUUGGUAGCCAGUCCUUCCACUGUGCGGACUUGUUGAAAUUCAUCAUGCCCAUGGGUAAAUAAUAACCAGGAUGGGCUUUUCUGGCAAAGACCUCCCCAUGGAUGGGAAUGAAGACUGGCACUCCCACAAAAUCAGGAAAAACAGAAGUCAGUCCCCUUUUCGGGAUGUUUCACCUGUACCAUCAUAUUUCUCAGAACCGGUAUCAUUCCUGCAACACAGGGAUGUACUUGCCAGCCUUCCCCGUCUCCCACGUGUAAGGAAGCCACAUAGGGACGAAGAAGAUGAUGAUGAUGCUCGGAGUCACAAGAGUUUACCAGCAGUGUUUGAAUCAUUAACCCUUCAACCCAGACACAAUAGGUCACGCAGACCUUCAAAAAAUAACAUCAUGUCUGGUUUACCCCCUCUCAUAAGCAACAGGUGCAAUUUGAUUGUAAAAGGAACUGGGUGCAAAACUGUCCCCAAACUUCCACCUAUUACCAAAUCCAGGAAUACUUGGAAGGAAACAAACCACUCAACAUACAGGCCUGACAAAAUGGAAUUCAAUUCAGCUACACCUGCCCAUGCACUGGUGCAUCCAAAAAUUGUACCUGUCGGGCAGACAUCUCUGUCUGUCAAGGCCCACAGUGUUCAGAAAAAUAAGCCCUGCUUGCUUCCUGCCUCUGGAGUGUCCCCGAGAUCUCGACUCACUUUCCAGAGUCCUAUAGUGCAGGCAGUGUACCCUAUCAGUCCUGACACCAUGCAACAGAUGAGGCAGACUGACAGAGCAUGCCAGCCCCUGAGGUCUGUGCUGAAAAAAUCACCAAACCCACUGGCAGCCCACCUACUGGAGCCAUUUUCUGGUUUUCAGGAGCAUCUGUGUCGGCAGAUCCUACAUUCUCCACUGCCUUAUUGUGCAGCUCUGCCACACAUCCACAUUCCGUGUCACCAGGUGGAUCAGUUGCCUGCACAUAGGGACCCAUACGGUUCCCUGAUGGAGCGCACUGUGGAACUCUGCAACUCCCAAGGACACUGGCUUCCCAAAAUCACCAUGACCUGCCCAACACCUUCUCCAAAACAUCUGUGUCGCACAGAAAUGAGAUACAUUGCUUGAAAA